AUGCAAUCGCUUUGUUAUACAAGACAUCGCUUAGGUAUUCAAGACAAUCGCGCAAAAACGGAUACACCACGAGCACAAACUGCGUCGACCCGUUUGAGUUAUCUCGAUUAUCGCAUCCUAUCGACUUUUAGCUGCGCAAUCGUAUUAAUAGACUUGAAGCACUUAGCACCGGAUCGCUGCUCUAAAGAUGGAGGUGCUCAGAGUUAUUGA